CAUCACGUCAGUAAAAGAGGGAAAAGCAGGCUUGAAGUGGAAUUCCUGACUCUACCUGGAAGAGCCUUCACUGAGAUAUCGCCAUGGAAGGAGAGAACAUCACAGAAUACACCACAAUGUAUGAUUACAGCACUUUUUUUACUGACGAUGGAAACUACUCUCCUAUCAUAUACAGCGACGUAAUGCACUUCAUCAAAGUGUUUCUGGCCACUCUCUAUAGUUUGGUUUUCAUCCUGGGCUUCAUAGGUAACGGACUAGUGGUGUGUGUCCUGGUGAAGCAUCGCAAUCAGAGCAACCUGACAGACAUCUGCCUCUUCAACCUGGCUCUCUCUGACCUCCUCUUCGUCUUCACGCUGCCUUUCUACUCUCACUAUGCCAGGGUCGGCCAGUGGACUUUUGGAGACUUCAUGUGCCGUUUAGUCUCCGGCUCUCACCAGACUGGCUUCUUCAGCAGCAUCUUCUUCAUGGUUGUCAUGACGCUGGACCGCUACAUGAUCAUCUUGCACGCUCACAGGGUUGCACGUUAUCGCACAAAGAGGGCAGCCAUCAUUCUGACCGUGCUCGUUUGGAUGCUGAGCUUGUUUGUCUCUCUGCCAGAUUUUAUCUUCACACAGGAAACAGAAGAGUCCCAGAAGUUUGUUUGUGACUAUCCCAAGGAGACCAAAGUCUGGGAGCAUUACAACCUGUUCACCGCAAAUGUGCUGGGUCUCGUGAUUCCUUUGUUGGUGAUGGUAGGUUGCUACUCCAGGAUCAUCCCCACACUGGUGAGCAUGAGGACCUCAAAGAAGCACCGCAUCGUCAAGCUGAUCAUCUGUAUAGUGGUUGCAUUUUUCUUGCUCUGGGCUCCGUAUAACAUUUCCCGUUUCUUGAAGUUUCUUCAGGAAAGAGGAAAAAUCCCACAUGAUGAAACUUGGGAGAAAAAUUUAAUGAAAUCAAUAAUCGUGACCCAGGCCUUAGCUUACGCUCACUGCUGUCUGAACCCCAUCAUAUACGCUUUUGUGGGAGAGAAAUUUAUGAGACGAGCCUUGCAGCUGCUGAAAAAGUUUGUGCCUGGUUACAGCAGAGAUGUGGCAGACAGGAGAAGCACAGUUAUGUCCAGAUCCACUGAAGUCACCUCCACUUAUAUCUAUGGAGGUCAGUUGUAGCCGCAGUACUCUUCACCGGUAUCUUAGCUUCAAGGUCUGUCUGCACAUGUUUAGACCAUUUGAAUGAAUAGAACCUGUUAGCACUGCCAUCUAAACUCUGUGUAAUGCUAUUCCUCUGUCUGCUCAGGCCUAAUGAAACUUGCUGGUGUUGUAAACUGAACUUGUUUUUCACAGCAGCCUGUAACAGUUUGCUUUCUCCUUUUACAUGUUUUUAAUGAGCUGUGGAAAAAGUGUUUCAUUCAAAUGUAUCACAUUAUGAAGAUAAUGUUUAGAAGCGUAAUUUCCACAUUUCACAUCAUAAUGGAAUUUGAUAUGUUUAUGUGGAACAAACUUUCCAGUGUUGUCAGAUCUUAUUCUCUCACUUUUGUAUAUCUGUACAUUAUACAAUGUGCUGUUUUUCAUUCUAAACCAAU